AUGGUGAAGAAGGCAAGAGCAUUGUUUUCGACUGAAGCUGAGGACACUGAUGAGCUGAGUUUCAACGCGAAUGAUAUUCUCGUCAUUUUAGAGAAAAACGUCGACAAUACUCCAGGAUGGUGGAGAUGUUCCCUUCGAGACAAGACGGGGCUCGUUCCGGUAAACUACGUAGAAGAAAUCGAAGAAACUGAAGCCUCCGUCCAAGAGGGUGUCUACGAUUUGCCUCGAAGUGCGAAUGCAAAUGCAAAUGUGAUUUCCUCUCCCGAACCCGAAGAAGAUACGUAUGAUGCGUUACCUCGAAGGAAUCUGCCCUCAAAUGGUGAUUACGACGAACUUGUGACGAUUUUGCCACUCAAAAAGAAAUUUUCUCCACAGAAUGACGAUGGCGUUUAUGAUCUACCAACGAAAGGAAUAGCUCUAAAGAACGACGACUACGACGAGCUGCCCACGAAUAAUAAUAACAACAUCGUAGUCGACGGUAGUGCUGCAAACGAGGACGAUGACUACGACGAAUUAAAACCAAACGUGCAAGUAGACGGGAUCUACGAUGUACCAACCAAGUUGCCAACAAUUGCACCGAAAAAAUCUCAAUCAACUGUAAUUGACGAUUACGACAUUCCAAAACCAAAUCUCGACUUAUCAAAAACAGAUGACUACGACGAACUUCCAAAGUCACUCGCAAGUCUUCGUAUGGCCCGGCAAAGCUCGGUCGAGCAAGUUCGUUCCUCUGCUAGCAGAAGCUCGAUCGCAUCCUUCUCUAGCACAGAAUCCAUUCCCUUACAGGUCUUUGGAAGUCCUUUCACUUACACAAACGAAGAAGCAAUGGAUAAACUUCUGAAAUUGAAAAUAAAUUUGGACGAAAAAGUGACUGCGCUGUUGAAGUUUUUAUCCCCAGAAUGGCGCUCCCAAAAAUGCAUCCAGCGGUUGAAUGGACAAGCUGAGGAUCUCAAGAUGAAAACAACUGCCCUGGAAAAAUCGCUAGAGAAUGUGAUCGAGUUCACCCGGCGGACGAUGGCAACGGCAGCCGGGGCAGGCCAACAACGAUGCGUUCGACACAUCAACCACCUUCUACAACCAGUAGAAGAGGACGCAAAGAUCUUCGGCGACAUGCGCCUCAAGCUCGAAAAAAACAGUUGGAGAAUCGAAUCGCUUGCUGACCCAAAGCGUGAUAUUCAAACAGGAAUACCCGACGAUUACGACUCUUUUGUUAUCACUGCACGAGCUGCGCCUGACGAUCUUGCCUCUCUGGCAAACUAUGUUUACACACACGCACAGACAUUUUUCCGACGAAAAAACUCGACGCCUUUAUUGUCAUCAAGUCUUAAAACGAAAUCGAUAGAAAUUGAAGAUCCAAGGGAUCGUCCGCUGCCUAUUGCUCCAAGAGCUCUUUCGCGAAACAUUGAAGAGACGCAAAACGAAUCUUUUGACCACGACCAAGAUGACUACGAUUACAUCCAACUCGACAAUGUGCGUCCGACGCCUUCGUUGCGCAACGAAAUAAAAUCUCCUCGUUACAAUCGACUAUCAAGCUAUAAAGAACUUCCAGCUCAAAACGAAAAGUCUCCAUCUCGCGAAAGAUUGAUGAAUUUCUAUCUUCAAUUCAAAUCUUCCCAGGAAUCUCUUCAGCAGAACAUGGACAAGUUCAUCGAAUCGGCUAAAGAUAGUCCACCAAAGAGCUUGCAAACGAUUUCAAAAAAGAUUUACAAGUCUGCUUCUGAGCUUGUCUUCCUCGGAGAUGCUACUUCGAAAGUACUCGAAUCGCAGGGACAAGAAGAUCGAGUUACGAAGUUGGUUUCGCUCUCUAAUCAGCUUGCGGAGUCGUCUACAACUGCACUUUUACAAGUCGACAAAGCAGCCCAGUUCUGGCCGGCAACGAACGAGCUCCAGACCGCUGUCGAUUUGACAGCCGAGCUAUCGGAUCAUGUGCGCUCUCUCAAACAUUGUAUUUACUCUGCCAUCAGUACUUCCUAG